AAUUUCCCAAAGGGAGUCACCGAACCAUAGGUGGUCGGUCCCUGCACCAUGAAUUAGUAAGUAAAGCUGUAAGCUUUGUAUGCAGAUGGAUCCCGCCAUGGCUGCACCACCUGAACCUCCUCUCCCCUCUCUGCCUGAAAACCCACCUCGACCAUCAGAGGCCACCCAGAAUCAAUCCGGCGUCGUCGUCAAACAAGAAAUCUUAGCCACAGACCCAAAGAAAACCUCCUCUCCCAGCAUUUAUCGGCCGCCGGAACCCUCUUCUUCCAUCAAUGAUGUCACCAUCGUUCCAAGCUAUUCAAGAUGGUUUUCAUGGAACAACAUUCACGACUGCGAGCGUAGGUUCCUCCCAGAGUUCUUCGACGGGAAGUCGCAUUCGAAGAACCCUAGGAUUUAUAAGUACUAUAGGGAUUCAAUCAUCAAAAGAUUCAGAGGGAAUCCUUCGAGGAAGAUCACGUUUACGGAGGUGAGGAAGGCAUUGGUUGGAGACGUGGGCUCGAUUCGUAGGGUGUUCGAUUUUCUUGAGGGUUGGGGUUUGAUUAAUUACACGGCGUCGACGGGUCUGAAGCCGCAGCAGACGAAGUGGGAGGAUAAAGAAAGUAAGUCUGGUGGUGGUUUGGUUUCUUCGGCGGGUGGGGAUUCGGGAGGAAGUAGUUUCGAGCCCUCGUUGAAGAGGGUGACCUCGAAGAAGUUGUGCAGUGGUUGCCAAUCAGUUUGCAGCAUUGCUUGCUUUGCUUGUGACAAGUUUGACUUGACUCUUUGUGCAAGGUGCUAUGUUCGUGGAAAUUAUCGGGUUGGGCUCAGUGCAGCAGAUUUCCGACGAGUUGAGAUCAGUGAAGAUACUAAGACAGACUGGACUGACAAAGAUACACUGCAUCUUCUGGAAGCUAUUUUGCACUAUGGUGAUGACUGGAAGAAGGUUUCAAAUCAUGUAGGUGGCAAAAAUGAGAAAGAAUGUGUUGCUCGUUUCAUCAAGCUUUCGUUUGGGGAGGAAUUUGUAGGGCCUACAGACUCUGGGGUGCUUGAUAAGUAUUAUCAAAUGAAGGACCAGAGUGAUGCUGAAACUGUGGCAGAGGAUAAUCUCUCGUCAUCCUCGACAAAAAGAAGGCGUCUCACACCACUAGCUGAUGCAAGCAACCCAAUUGUGGCUCAGGUUGCUUUCUUGUCAGCCGUGGUUGGUUCAGAUGUAGCAGACGCUGCAGCUCGAGCAGCUGUAGUGGCUCUAUCGGAGAUAGACCUGAAUAAUACUCAAGAAUGGCACAAUGGGAGAGUUUCAUCAAUCCCUGAUAAGGCGAGACCAGAAGAAUCUGGCACCAGUAAUGGUGGAAACAUCAAGGACACAUUGCAACAUGCCAUUCUAGAGGCGCAAGUGUUGCUUGAUAAGGAAGAGAAGGAUGUUGAGCAGUCUAUAUCUGGCACAGUUGAGGUUCAGAUGAAGGAGAUUCAGGAUAAGACUGCCCAUUUUGAAGAAGUUGAACUGCAGAUGGAGAAAGAGUGGCAGCAACUGCAGCACUUGAAGAGCCUGCUUUUUGUUGAUCAGCAGAAUCUUUUGCAUCAAAGAAUGGUUUCAUAAAAAAUCGGGGAAAACAGAGAGAAUGUCAAAAUUACUGAGGCUGUUACAUGAUUUCCUCGUUCAACAAAUUUUACCUUUUCCUCUGCGAAAAUGUCCCAUUUUCCCUCCAUUUUAUGGUAAAGUUUUAUUGAACAGAGUCAGAUUUUAUGUACAUAAUCAUGUAGAUAUGGAAGACGCUUAUGAGGAGUAAUACUUGCACAUAAAAACCAAGAGGGCAAGGAUUUACUUUUUCUUUAUAGGCGCCAAGGUGACACAGGGCAUGGAGAGUAGUUGUUACUUAUAAACCUUAUGUUCUUUAUCGCACGUUCAACCUAGGGCUUUGGUCCUUGUGUUUUUGUGAUGUAUAAUUUCAGAUAUCUGACUGUUACAAUUCUGUCCCCUUAAGCAAAAGUCUUCCUAUUUUUUA